AAAAUGAGCUAAACAAACCACUGAGAUGAGUUUAACAAGACUUAAUUUAAACUCGACCUGUUAGUGAAGGAAUUGAGUUUUAAACAAGUUUUCUCGAGCCGUAUGGUGAGCCGCUUAUUCGCAUUUCCGACGCAAACGCUGAGAUGGACUACGCGGGAAUGAGCUUAUUUCCCCAAAUGUGCAAUACUGCCAAGUGCCAACCCAUCAAGGAGCCCAAAAAUAUUUUUGAUGUAGAAACCAAAAAAAAAAAAAGAAGCCCAUUAACCAACAGUCCAACACCCAAAAAGAAAAAUUAGGGAUUUCGAUCGGCAAAAAAAUUAGGGGUUUCGAUCUCUUUCCGGUCGUCUGAAAUCCUUACUCCGAUGGGUUUCUGUCUUUGGGGAUGGCAACAAAACCCGAACCCACGGGUACCCACCCGACCCAACCCGGUCAACGCGGGUAAAAUCUGUGUUGACGGGUUUUGGGCCGGGUUUGGGUUUAAACCCGUUCACUAUUCACCGGGUUGGGUUGGGUUUGGGUUUAGGUAAACCCGAUCCGUGGGUACCCGCCCACACCCAUUUAAUUAAUUUUCUCGGCAUAUUUAAUAUGCUAAACAACUAAUCUUAUUUAUGUUUGUGGAGACAUGUCUAAUUUUUUCUUUCUAGUUAUUUAGUAUGAAGUUGAUGUUAUCGAGUGGAUAGUGAAAAACUUAAUUGAAAGGAAGAAGCUUUCAAUUAAUCAUGUUAUUUAUGGAUAAUUUGUGAUUUGCUUCAAUUUUUUUGAGUUUUCUAGAUUGGUGUUGAACAAUUUGUAUAGUUAAUUUGUGAUUUGCUUGAAUUUUCUAGAGUGGUGUUUUAUAUGUGGAUAAUUUGUAUUGGGAAAUUGAUAUUUGACUUUAAUUUUGAUAGGAAUUUGUUAUUGUGAAUUUUUUACGACAAAACCCGUGGGUACCCAUGAACCCGCGGAUACCCAGCGGGUUGGGUUGGUUUGAGUUUUUCAAACCCAGUGGGUUUUACCCCGGGUUUUUUUCACGGAUAAACCCAUGGGUUUGGGUUUGGGUUUGACAAAACCCGACCCAACCCGACCCAUUGCCAUCCCUAGUGUCUUCCUCCAUGACCAUGUCGGCCGAUAACAGCACCUCGGCUCUGGGUCGCCGGCUAAGCUCAUGUUUUAUGCCUUGCAGCUCCAGCAAACGAGCGCGGACACAUUCAGCUGAAGUAUACCCUCCGAUCGGGAAACUGGCAGACGAUCUCCUCGUAGAGGUUCUGAUCCACGCCCUGCCGAACCCUAGGUCCGCCUGUCGAUGCAAGCUCGUCUGCAAGCGAUGGAGCUCUCUCAUCUUCGACCCAGUACGGUUCAAUCGCCGUUUCAUUUCUUACCACCGGAGCAGGAGCCAACAACCUCCUCUGCUUCUUCACUCAGACGACCCGCAAUCGAUCAUCACGAGCUUUCUCCCUAUGAGCCGUCUAUCCCGUAUGUCCUUUGCAGUAAUCGAUUCUUACAAGGACCUGGUCUUGUGCGGAUUCGAGGAUGUGGGUACCACCAGCGGCGAAUUGUACAGAACCUACUUCGUCUGCAAUCCGUUCACCAAGCAAUGGCUCGCCCUCCCUUUGGCGCCUGAAUUGCCAGCAGGGUGCCCGUAUUUCUUCACAAGGUUAGUCUGUGAACCCCGCAUGUGUAAUGAUCUCGAUCUAGGAGAUAACCAAGUCUUUGCUUAUUCGUCCGAGUAUCGAUUCCGCGUGGUGCGCCUAUACCCGCGUGGAUCGUCUGCAAAGCUAGACGUGUUCUGUUCGGAUACCGGAGAAUGGACCAAGGAUCGUCUUGUUAUUCCCAAUCAUUACCAAUGCAUAGCCAGAAAUGUGGUUUCCUGCAAUGGGGAGCUGUUCUGGAGUUAUGAUGUUCCGAACCAAGAUAAAGAUGCUGUUUGCCGGUCGAGAUUUUUCAUUGCUGCUUUUAAUCCUUUCCGACCCGACAUCCCUCCCACUGCCAUUGAUGCUCCGGAAGUGUUCUGCAAACCCGGGUGGGAUAUCUCAGUCUCGCAAGGCACCUUGCACGCCAUUGCAUUUGAAGAUUCACUUCGACCUGAUCGUUCACAGAUUGCAUCGAGUGUUUGGAGACUGGAACAAGACCGUAAGUCUUGGAGGAAAGUAUGUGACGGGCUGCUAAAGAAGUCGAGAUUGUAUGAGCUUCGCCACUAUCUUAGGCCUUGUUUGCAUCCAGAGAAGCCGGAAGUUUUCUUCCUCAAACAUCGUGGUGAUGCUGGUUUAAUUUGUGCCUUGUCCUGCGAUUUGAGGACAGGGGGAGAGGUGGAGCUCUUCUCAGAAGCAAGAGUAUUCUUAAGUUAUUGGAACUUGUUCCAAGUUCAAUUCUCUUGCUGGCCUACUUCGAUCCCAAGGUACAAGGAAUUGAGAGUUAUGUACGAUGGAAGCUGCAGCUGUUGGAUUCAGAGCAACAGCGGAACUGACAACAACACUUCAAUACUUGAUGGAGCAGGAGGUGCUUGCUGAAAGGCUCAGAUCCGAAGAAGGAUGAUGGCAUUAGAAGGAACUUAUCAUCUAUCUAUAUAUCUAUCUAUUUAAGGGGAAGGAGCUGAUCAACUUGUAUGGUGUGUUUGGGAAGUGUUGGGUUUCUCUUUUAUCGUUUUGGUCAUAAUAAGCUCUUUAUGACCCUUAACUAUGGCUUCCUUGCAAUGUGCCCUUGUAUUAAACUUUGUAACUUUUGUACCCUUCAACUGUACUAAAAUGGAACCCAUGGCGGAAAAUGUUUACUAUACUUAUUCUUCUUGCUUUUGCAGAUACCAGGUGUUUGUUAUUAGUAACUUUCAACCUGAGAGUGAGAUAUCCAGGAGUUCAGAUUGGCAGAGUCUGGAUUAUUGAGACUGCUUCUACGUAUCUUUUCUUAUCCACCUUCGUUGAUCUGAUAUUGAAUGAUUCAGAAGUUGUCUGGGAUUGCUUGCUUUGUUUAUUUUAUUACACUCCAUUUGCUCUCAUAAAUUCUUUUGACAUUA